AUGGUCCGCUGUAAGUCUCCCCGGCCAGGGUCUCCGAGUUCAUUGACCUUACAAGAGGCUCGUAGACUCCAUAUCGCAUUGCCCUGGAUUGCGAGCCCUAUCAACAACGAUGAAGACCCUCCUCAGCUGUACCGCCAUCCGGAUUCAACGCCCAUCGAGCUCUUCUUCGAUCUGUUCUUUGUGGCCAACUUAUCCACCUUCACCGAUACACAUGAGAUCAACAACGUCAAAGUCUUAGGCGAAUAUGUCGGCUUUCUCGGCGUCAUAUGGUUUACCUGGUUGCAAGUCACCCUGUUUGACAUCCGGUUUGCCCACGACUCCAUCUUCGAGCGGAUUUGCAAGGCCAUACAAAUGGGGGCUAUGGUCGGCUUUGCGUCAGCCGGAACUCGUUUCACGACGCGGAUUCAUCAAGAGAAUAUCUGGGUUUUCCAAUCCCUCAGCUUGAUCCUUGCAGGAAGUCGGAUGUUGCUGGCUAUUCAAUAUGCCAUCAAUGUCGGCUUUUUGUAUCGACGGUUUAGAACUGCCGCAAAAGGGAUUGCGGUCACGGCGGCUAUACUUUGGACAACAGGUCUCCUCUACCUUGGGGUAUGGCUCUUAUUUGAAAAGACUGGAAACGAAAAAUACUGA